CACUUGUGUCCCUGAAAGCAUUUGGAGCCUCUGCCCCAUUACAAAUACAGUGCAAUAGACUGCAGCACUACAGGACACCCACUGCACAUGGCCAUAAAUAAAUGUUAUGCUGCCUAUAGGUAAAUGCGUACAGACACCAGGGACGUCUCUGGGGCCGCGCACACCAGGGAAUGACGCCGGCAACUCUCUGGUUCCACUCCUCAUCACUCCCUCUCUCUUACACCACCGCAGCUACCACAGCACUCACAGCGAGGAUUUGUGAGCGGUUUAUUGUCUCAAUAAAGUUGAUUGAAAGGUUUCGCUACGUCAGGCAAUAUGGCAGCCAGCGGCCCCGGGGUGUCUGUUUUGGCCCCCAACGGGCGGCGGCAGAAUGUAAGGGUGACACCUGGGACCCCUCUAUUGCAGGUGCUGGAAGAGGUAUGCAAGAAACAGAAUUUCAAUCCUAGAGAAUAUAACCUAAAGUUUCAGAGGACUGUACUGGAUCUUUCUGUGCAGUGGCGAUUUGCCAACCUUCCCAAUAAUGCCAAACUGGAGAUGGUGAGUUGCUCUCAGCAACGGGCUGGAGUGGAGAAAUCGAAAAUUCGUGUUGGAUUGCAGUUGGAGGACGGCCUUAGGUUACAGGAUGAGUUCCUCGGCAGCCAGACUCUCUGGGAUGUACUGGUCCAUUUUUCACAGACUAGGGUGUGUUUGGAAGAAGUUCCUCAUGGAAGCGUUCCUGUAUGUAUUUAUAUGCGGGAUGAGGUGACUGGAGAACAGACUUUAAAACAAACAACACUUCAGUCUUUAGGACUCACAAGUGGAAGUGCCAUUAUCAGGUUUAUAGUGCGGAAGUUUGACCAAUGUGAGAACAGUCAGCCUGUGAAAACACAAAAGGAUAUAAAAAGAGAGCAGAAGAUCGAGUCAGAGGAUCUCCAGGUACUUGAACAAGUCAAAAAUGAGCCUACUGUUUGCCAGGAAGAGCAGAUGCCCAUUAAAACACCUAAGAGCGUAGAUCCCCUAGCUGAAGUAGUGCAUGAGGAAAGGGAUUCUGGAUUCUUAGCUUCAAACUCCAUGAACAAAUCCAGUGCAAGGGAAAUACGUCCAGAAGUGGAUAAGGAAAAACCAGGUCCUUCCUCUAUAGGUCUUACCGAACCUCUUGCUCAGUCUUUGGUGACUUCAUUUAUCCCAUUCCAAGGAGGUGGUCAUCGACUGGGUGGUGCCAACGUUCCUGCAGCUUCACCAGAAGCAGACAUGCUAUGUGCCACUUCUCAAGAGCCUUUUCGCAGCCCAGGACCUUCUAAACCCAAAAAAUCCAAAACUGAUGGAGAGGAAAGUGAGUCAGAGCCAAUAGAUAGAGAGCCCGUUGUGUGCCACUUGGAUUUGGAAGAGAAAGUUCAUGGCAAUUUCCGAGACCUCCCAGAUAAGUUUUUUGAGGUCACAAUGGACGAUGUGAGAAGAAGAUUUGCUGAACUGAAAAGUGAAAGGCAUCGACUAGAGGAAGCCCCUUUAAUCACUAAAGCACUGAGAGAGGCCCAUUCGAAGGAAAAAAUGGAACGAUACCCAAAGGUCGUUCUUCGAGUCCUCUUUCCAGAGCGUUACAUCUUGCAGGGAUUUUUCCGUGCAACAGAAUCGGUUGGCGCCGUGAAGGAGUUCGUGUGUAGCCACCUGGAAGAACCUGACAUCCCAUUCUACUUAUUUAUCACACCCCCUCGAACUGAGCUGAAGGAGGACUCCCAAAGCCUUUUUCAGGCCCAGCUUUUCCCUGCUGCUGUGGUUCAUUUUGGAUCCCCAGUGCACAGAGAUCAUUUCCUGUGCAAACAUUUACUCAAAGACCCAGUGUCGUCUUCCCAAGCUGAUAUACUAGUUGCCAGAGCAAUGCCACGUGUUCCUGCUGAGUAUACUGCGCCUGUGAUAAAUCACCUUCCAGUCGCUGAUUCAGAGGUUGUUCACAGAGCACCAGAGAAUUAUGAAGAGGAGUCAGGGAUUUCUGAUUCUAAUCAGCAAGCUCAAAAGGAUCAUGGCAAAGUACCCAAGUGGCUGAAACUACCAGGGAAGAAAUGAGCAAGACCCUCCUGUGAAUAGUGGGCUCCUGAGCUUACACUAAAGACGUGUGAACACAAGUUAUUUGGGUCUGAUUUUUCUCCUGGUGACCACUUUAUGGAUUAUUAAUUGAUGGGACUUUGCAAACCCUUGUGGUUGGACUGACACAGAUGUGACUUUUGCGCUAUAAGAUUUGCACUUCUUGCUUCAGCUGUCCUGAAGUUUGUAUCUACAAGGAAAUUUGUUUCUGCAUCAUUAAACUAAUGAAGUUAAUGUUUUA